UAGCUUACACUGGUAAUGCGAGUACUGCAGGGGAAAGUUGAGGAUGAGGAGAGCAUUAGAUCAAACGAUGUCCUGCUUUGACAACGGAGAGGAUGGGGAUCUGUCUAAAAGGGCCAGCUCAAUGCUUGUAUCCUGCAAAAAUGAGUUUAAAACUCGGCUACAGCAGUUUGUGGAGGAGAGGAUGCAAACCACAAUGCUUACUGGUGUCCUGAUUGGAGCUGCAGUCGCCGUGUCAAUGAUUGGGAUUGUGGUGCUCUUUCUUUACAAGAAAUACAAACAUGCACGUCAGCAACAGCCCGGUGUCCCACAGUAUCGCUUCAGAAAACGAGACAAAGUGCUUUUCUAUGGAAGGAAAAUUAUGCGCAAGGUCCAGACAUUGUCAUCCAUUCCUCCUUCCAGCUCACCAUCCAUUUCCAAGCAACCACAGCGUGUUCGCAAAAGAACCAAAGUUUUGAGCAUAGCUCGCAAAUUUCUUCGAAUCAGGAAGGAUCCCCCGACUCUCCAACCCAAAGAACCACCGCCCUCUUUGCUGGAGGCAGAUCUUACAGAGUUUGAUGUUCAGAGUUCAAAUUUGCCUUCAGAGGUGCUGUAUAUGCUGAAAAAUGUCAGGGUCUUGGGUCAUUUUGAGAAGCCUCUCUUCCUGGAAUUGUGUCGCCACAUGGUGUUCAUUGAGCUGCAAGAAGGGGAAGGACUUUUCAGGCCUGGAGAUGAUGAUGACAGCAUCUAUGUGGUCCAGGACGGUCGAGUGGAGCUCUGCAUCCAAGAUAAUGAUGGCACAGAGCCGGUCGUAAAGGAGGUACACCCCGGAGACAGUGUCCAUAGUUUGCUGAGUAUCCUGGAUAUCAUCACGGGUUAUCCAGCUCCUUAUAAGACUGUUUCCACACGAGCUGCCACUCGCUCAACAAUUUUACGUUUACCUGCAUCAGCCUUUGAGUCUGUCUUCAGGAAAUAUCCAGAGACACUUGUGAGGGUCAUUCAGAUAAUCAUGGUUCGUCUCCAAAGAGUCACCUUCUUGGCUCUCCAUAACUACCUGGGUCUUACAACAGAGCUCUUCAAUCCGGAAAGUCAGGCGGUGCCCUUGACCAAUGUGAACAAUGUGAUUGGAGAUGCUAAUUCUGGAAAGACAACACGUCGUUUACACUUCCAGGACGAGUCGCCAGCUGGUACCACAGAGUCUGCUACAGAGACAGAUGGCAUGAAGGACAGCCCUCAGAACACAUCCAGGAAACUGCGAUCUGUUUCCAUGCCUGCGGAGUGCACAGCUAAUGAUUUGAAUAUGGCAUGUGAACGCGCCCGGGUCACCAUCGAUGAGACUCCACCAAGCCCUGUGACUCCAAAAUCCAGUUUGAAGAAGAGUGUGACGAUGCAACAUAAGCCCUCAGAGGUGUUUCACUAUUCUGACAUUGGAGGGCACUCUGACUCCGUCUACCUCAGCAAGAGCUGUGCCAUUCUUCAGGCUGCCAAGAAAGACCUUCUGGGAAUCAUCCAGUUAGAGGAUCCCACACUGCUUGAGGGAAGGGUCACACUUCAUCACGUCAAAGCAGGAUCUGUAGUGGCUCGUCAAGGAGAUCAGGAAGUGAGCAUUCAUUUUGUGAUCUCUGGACUCCUCCACGUUUACCAGCGUAUGAUUGAUCGUGAGGAAGACACACGUCUCUUUGUGACCCAUCCAGGGGAGCUUGUUGGUCAACUUGCAGUCCUGACUGGAGAGCCCCUCAUAUUUACUGUCAGAGCUCAGCGAGACUGCAGCUUCCUGUCCAUUUCUAAAACCCACUUUUAUGAGAUCAUGCGUGUGGAACCAAAGGUGGUCCUGAAUGUUGCUCACACUGUGGUGAAGAGGAUGUCCUCUUUUGUCAGACAAAUAGAUUUUGCCCUUGACUGGAUGGCUGUGGAAGCUGGCCGAGCUGUUUACAGACAGGGAGAGAAGUCUGAUAGCACCUUCAUUGUGCUUAGUGGACGACUACGGUCUGUUAUCAUGAAAGAAGAUGGAAAAAAGGAGCUGAUUGGUGAAUAUGGACGCGGAGACCUGAUUGGAGUGGUGGAGGCUCUAACACAUCAGAACAGGGCCACCACAGUUCACGCCGUCCGAGAUUCUGAGCUGGCGAAGCUCCCUGAAGGAGCUCUGAGCUCGAUCAAGAGGAAAUUUCCACAGGUUGUCACCAGGUUGAUCCAUUUACUUGGUCAGAAGAUUCUCCAACAGGUUAACGGUCCUCUGACAGCUCGGAGUUUGGCUCUCCACACCCCUGGUAGCAAAUGGGAUGCUGGAAAUCAAGCCUCCAACCUUUCCACAGUAGCCGUCCUGCCCGUGUCUGAAGAAGUACCGCUUACUGCAUUCACACUGGAGCUGCAGCAUGCACUCCUUGCAAUCGGUCCCACCCUACUUCUCACCAGUGAUAUCAUUAAACAGCGUCUUGGAGCUGCAGCACUCGACAGUGUCCAUGAGUACAGGCUGUCCAGCUGGCUGGGCCAACAGGAAGACAUUCACCGCAUCGUACUUUAUCAGACCGACUACACACUGACGCCUUGGACUCAGCGCUGCAUUCGCCAGGCGGACUGCAUUAUCAUUGUGGGCCUUGGAGAGCAGGAUCCGACUGUUGGGGGGCUGGAGCGUAUGUUGGAAGGAAGUGCAGUGCGAGCCCAGAAGCAGCUGGUCCUGCUGCACAAAGAAGAUGGCCCCCCACCAAAAGGAACUGUGGACUGGCUCAACAUGCGCAGUUGGAUUUCCAGACACCUUCACCUCUCGUGUCCAAGAAGGGUGUUUUCUAAGAGGAGCCUUCCCAAACUGUUGGAACUCUAUCAACGUGUGUUUGAAAAGCCUGCAGAUCGCCAUUCAGAUUUUUCUCGUCUCGCUCGAGUGCUGACUGGCAAUGCCAUCGCUCUGGUUCUCGGAGGAGGAGGGGCCAGGGGUUGUUCUCAGGUGGGAAUAGUGCGUGCUCUCUGUGAGGCCGGCAUCCCAGUGGACCUCAUUGGUGGCACUUCAAUUGGUUCCCUGAUGGGGGCGCUGUAUGCAGAGGACCGCAGCCACAGCAGGAUGAGGAUGAGAGCCAGAGAAUGGGCGAUGGAAAUGACCUCUGUGUUUAAGAAGGUCCUGGACCUGACCUACCCCAUCACCUCCAUGUUCUCUGGUGCAGCCUUCAACUCCAGCAUAAGCAAUGUCUUUAAGAGCAAACAGAUUGAGGAUCUGUGGAUUCCGUAUUUUAAUAUUACUGCCGACAUCUCUGCCUCAGCCAUGAGAGUACACACCGAUGGCUCUUUGUGGCGGUAUGUCCGUGCCAGCAUGUCUCUGUCUGGCUACCUGCCUCCCCUGUGUGACCCCAAAGAUGGACACCUCCUGAUGGAUGGCGGCUAUAUCAACAACUUACCAGCUGAUGUGGCUCGCUCGAUGGGGGCGAAGGUGGUCAUCGCUAUUGAUGUGGGGAAUCGGGAUGAAACCAACCUUACUAAUUACGGGGACUCGCUCUCCGGCUGGUGGCUGCUAUGGAAACGCCUCAACCCGCUUGCGGAGAAAGUAAAGGUGUUGAACAUGGCUGAGAUCCAGACACGACUGGCUUACGUCUGCUGUGUCCGUCACCUGGAGUCUGUGAAGAACAGUGACUACUGCGAGUACAUCAGGCCUCCGAUCGAUAGAUACCGAACGCUGGAGUUUGGCAAGUUUGAUGAGAUAGCUGAAGUGGGAUACCAACACGGAAAGACUGUCUUUGACGUGUGGAGCCGCAGUGGAGUGGUGGAGAACAUGCUGAGGGACAGACACCAGGAGGAGUUCCACAACACUCAAAGCAAGAACAACGUGGUGACGUGUCCCAACGCUUCUUUCACUGACCUGGCGGAAAUCGUGUCCCGCAUCGAGCCUGUCAAACCUGCGCUGGUGGACGAGGAGUCAGACAACCACACUGACUAUGACGAGGAGGCAGUAGAGAGCGCUCUGUCUGACACGGAGGUGUGUGGCCACUAUGGAGACCACACAGAGGGGGAGGAGACGGCUGACACGGAUGAAGAGCUAGAGGGACGACGUCAGCACAGACUCGCUAAACUCUCCAGCGGCGACACUGUGGCCAGUGCUCCACACGAUGCUUUCCUGGACGCCUUAUCAAGCCAGAAGCCCCUCUUAGAAUAAUCUGUAAACUUGUUCCGAUGCACAGGUGGUGGCAGGUGAACGUUCUUACUUUCCAGUCCGCCUCUAUUCAAAAAGUGGUCAUCACCAAACUUGUACUUACAAGCACUCGCGAGCCUUUCUCUCAUAUUGAGAUUUACCUUUUCUUUUCCAAGCCAAAAAAAAUGAUAAUAAUAAAGAACAUGGCCAGCUGUUCUGUUCAUCUCCAAAACGCUGAUGUAUUUCCAGCAUAUUCCAUUGCGUUUCACAUCACUCCAUCCCUGUUUAGUUCACAAUCCUAAGCUUGUCAAGGUGUCCUCUAUAAUGAGGACAAUAUAACGUCAGACUAAGUGCAGUCAGGCUACAUUUAGCUCCGAGUGCUUCUUGCACAGCAUCCCCGGGUGCAGAUGGCAAACUGCUGAUUCUCACCCAGACCCAGGACUGGAACUCUAGCCCAGACUCGCUGAUGAUUUAGAUUUGGUUUUCAUACCAGGCCAACAAUGAAAAAUACAGUUGUUAUUUGAACUUGACUGCAGGUAGUGGAAGUCUUCGCCGAGCAACUGUAUUUCCCGCUGCAAAUACGGGUGUGCGCUGACGCAGUAAAGACAAAUUGAACCAAUAAGAUUGCUUCUGACGCACUUUUAGUGAAUGAUGAUGUCGUUUUAUUUUUAGCAAAUAAUGUUUUCAAAAAUGUAUUUUAAAAAUGGAACUACCUUCCAGUGCAUGUUUGACUCCCUGUCAAAACUCAUAUUCACUUGAUGAGUGAAGUGUAGAUUAAUUCAGAGACCCUGGUUCUCAUCCGGAACAGGUCAAAAUAAUGGGUUCGUAGAGUUCCUAAUGUUGGGGGGUGGGAUGCUGUGCAAGCGCAGUUGGACACUUUUAUCAUUAUCGAACAUGACUUGCUCUGACCAUGUAAGAAAGACAAAAUGUCUUGCCGUUCACUGUUACAGUAGCGUGGCCAAGUAGUCCAGCAAAACCAAACAGUUGUGUGCAGUUCUCUCAUGUUUUUUUAAGCAUGGGAUGCUUCCUAACCAAGUGCUCCUUGUACACACUGCUCAUUCAUUCAUGUUUACUAUACAUAAGCAUGUUCCGCCAGUCCGAGAGAGAACGCUGAGAACAGCUCAAAGCACAGCCAUUCUUCACGUUUACGUACCCUUCAAAGUGCAUUCUGAAGUUCUUCUUCAAAGCCUGUCUGAGUGUCUCACUCGGAUCAGUGAUCUGUGCAAUACUCAUCAAACAGUUUGAUGCUUUAGGUGUUAUAAACUCGGUGAUGAGCAGAGACUCAUCCCUGCUGUAAGAGGCGAGUGUGGCCGUGACCUUCAGCCCAGGUCUGUCCUUUGCUCAAGAGAAAUAAGGAUUGCAAGGCGCUCUGAGGCAUUUGUUUCCCUCUUGACUGCUGACUGAACCCCUCAACUCUCUCCCACCCCACAGUCAUUUGUAUCCACCCUGACCUCACAUCUGUGUGCCUUCACCUUAGGAACUGAUUCUGUGGUCCUUCACUGCAGGUGAACAAAGGCUGAGGCCAUGAAACAGACCUGAAUCAUGAAUAUUCAAUGACUCUAGCUUUACCAUUUGUGCAAAUAAUGAGAAUGUAUCCAAUGAAUAACUAUGCUUUUAUCAGGGCUGUCCGUAGACCAAAUAUUUCAUCUCGAUUAAUCACACUGAAGCUGAGUUAACUCACAGUUAAUGGCAAAUGAAUCCCACAUGUACAGGUUCGGAAGCUCUUGUCACUGAACUGCAUUGUCAGGAAGUCAUUGAGACUGAAGCGCGCGGCUGUUUGUGGAGCUGUAAUGAAACAGCAACUGACAAGCAGCAGGUGGAACACGUGCUUCAACCGAAAACCUGGUACUUUAUGUGUAGUCUGAACAAUAUUCUUGACUGUAUCUGUUACGCUGGGUAGCACGAGGAAAGCAGUAUGGUUCACGCUUGUGUUGAGGGCAUCUUCCUUUAUGUUACCUUUAGAACAGACAUAAAAUGUGUCAUUCAUGUGCCGUUAAUCGUGAGUUAACUCAGCUCAACUGCGAUUAAUUGAGAUUAAAAACCUAUUGACUGCCAUAGUUUUUUUAUUUAGGGGCGGUUUCUGAAUCACCAAACAAUCAUCUAGAAGCUAAAAAGUAGCAAAGUAAAAAUCUAUAUCACCCAAAUUGAAGUUAGCCAAAAUCAACGGCAAUAUUUAUUCACACUUGCACUUUAUCAUUUGUUGAAAUUUUAAAUCAAAAUUUCAACUCCAUGCUUCAUGACAUUUCCUUUUAGUUCUGUCUUUCAUGCACGCAUGUCAUACUGCAAUGUUGUCUGACACGUGGAGCAACAUUUGAAUCUGUGUGCAAUUCUGUUAGGAAUUGUGCUCCGUGUUAGGCCUCCUCCACAUGAACGUGUCAUGGCCUUCUGAAUGAUAUUCUGACAUUCCUGCCUCAAGUCGAGUUGCAGUCAGCGCACGUUUCAGCGUGUUAAUGAGCUCUCCUCGUGAGUGUACUGGCCAGUGUAUGCUGUCGCGGUUGUGUGCUUCCUGGUCAGCAACCACAGCAAAAAAAAAAAGGAAAAAAGCACAAUGAAUUGAUGUUAUUUGGCACAGUGGACUUUUUCGCUGCUUUAUGAAAGAGGACAUGGUAAUGGAGGCUGAUGUCACUGCUGGAGCUCAGCCAGGGUGCGUCGAUACAACCUCAGACGACCUGCACCAGAGAGUCAAGCCUCGUGGCCUCAUUCUGGCUGUUGACUUCAGAGAUGACUGAUGUGCCUGUAAUGUUUCUUCUUACUAAAUUCUUACUAAUAAACUGCU